GAGAUAAGGACCAAACAGCAUAUGGCAAUCAAUACUGACUUUUCAAGAUAUUUGGGCAUCAAUUGGACCUUGACUCUGAUAUGGUGCUUCUUCUAUAUUUUCUUGCAAGCAGAAGCGCACAGGAUCUCACAGACAGCUGGGAGCACAGUGACCCUGAACUGUAGCAAUGACUCAAUUAGCAACUUAACUCAACUGGCGUGGAAAAUGAAUGGGGAUAUUCUGUUCACUAUCAGGCCAGACAAAACCUUAAACAGCAGCUCAAAGGUCAGAUGUGUAACGUCCUCUAAAGCCGAGAGCUUGAAGCUGAACGUGUCCAUGUUAAAGAGCCAACUAUAUGCAUUAAACAUAACGAGAGCCCAGAGGUCGCACACGGGAAACUACACUUGUGAAUUCUCCGCAUCAAAGGGAGUCGGGGAAAAGAAAUGGGAGCUCAUAAUUACAGAGGAUGCUGAAGCAGGAAAUCAAUUGAAAAUCCCACUUGCCGUAGCCGUUAUUGUACCUUGUACGUGUUUCCUGAUCUUUCUAAUUACUAUUGUGAUCAUUCUGAGAAAAGUCUGCAAACGACAUUCACGCUCUCGUUCUCCUGCUUCAAUAAUGGAGCAGAAAGAAGAUAUUUAUGAAAACUGCCUGGAACUUGAAAAUCACCGACGUAGUCAAAUUCAGGUUCAACCUUACAAAUACAGAGUUCAGUGAUAUGAACCACACAUAGUAAAAGAAGACUCAACUUUUUAUAGCAACAGAUUUAAACAGCUUUCU